AUGGAUACGGGAGGUGGCGGUGGCACGGCUGGUGGCACCAAUGGAACGACCGGCCAGGCAAGCACUCGUCAAGUUGCCAAUCAGUCUCGGCAGGUGACGGCUAUGCAAACGCAACAGCAGGUACGAACGAACGAGGAGAUUCUGACAAGGAUUAUUGCGCAGCACAACCAGCUCAGCAGCUCAUUGCGCAGGAAGGUAGGACCCGCGACAGUUCGGCGCUGCUUUGAGAGGUUGGUUGGAGACUUGGCUUGGCGCGGAGCUGACGAAACUAAUGGAAAUAUUUGCAGGAUUGCUGUUCAGCCUCCAAGGAUGGCAACACCUGAUCAGGUAGAUGUAAUCUUUUUAGAAAUGGGUUGA